GUUCCCAAUUUGCGUCAGCUGUGGUGGCGUGUGCGGAGCAUCAAGCCACGCCUCCUUGUGUGUUUCAUCCCUUAUAAAGAGGAGCCUCCACUCAGGCACUGGAAGCCACACACUGGACCAGAGCUGAGGACCUUCUCACUGCUACGCUGUCAGCUCCAACUCAACCUAGAGUCAUGAAUGUAGGCAUCUGUGUGUGUGUUCUCUUGGCCACGUUAACCAGUGGAUCGCUGAGCCUGCCCACACAGCAGAAGGUGGUGGGUGUACAGACUAAAUCAAAGGGACAUCUCUUGUCCCAAGAGACCGAAGGCUGGGCCCCUCUAUCCGACAGGUUUUCUCCCAGCAGUCUAUCCUUCCACUCACGGCAGUCCCGCUCAGCGCCCCCUGCAGACCAACUGGUGAACUACAGCCACCAGGAGGACAUCGCAGACCCCAGCAGCAACCUCAACCAACUCAUUGCAAAACUGCUAUCCCGGAAAGCCGCGGGGCAGAGGGGCCGGUCCUCAAUCACCAGCAGAGCCAGCGGCCCCGGUGCCAGCCACCGGAUAAAAGACCGGGACUACGUGGGCUGGAUGGACUUUGGACGGCGCAGCGCGGAGGAGUAUGAAUACUCACCCUGAAGACGCUUUCUGUGUUCCAUCCCUCAAUAAAAGAACUAAAAGAAAACGACCCUAUCACGAUCCAGACAUGUUCACCUUGUACCUUACCGAGACGCGUCAUCGCAAAUGCUUAUUCAUACAGGCGGGUUAACGCUUAGUAUUAGAUUGAUUUUACUACUGCACUAAUGCAUCAUAAAUUUUACAUUCUGGAGCGCAGAGAACCAGUUUUAACUAAGAAAGAAAUAUCAACAUCCAAAUCAAUGUUUUUAACCUACAAGUUGAUCUAGGGAUGUAUCUAGAUUGGACGUAAAUUCAUGACAGAGCGGCCCAGAUAGUAGGCCUACAAAUUACCAAACAAGGCCAAGGCUGAGAAUAACCAGUGUUAGGCCAUGUCUCAAUGAGAUCGUUGGAGUAAUGAUUGUUGGAGUGUUGCUAUCUAGAAGGUCCACCCAUCAGCCAUAUGGUAGGAAUUAAUUGAAUUCAUUAUUGUUUUGUAUAUUUAUCAAGGAAAUAUAUACCAAAAAGCAGUAGAUGCCAUUCUUGCUUUAAAGCUCCACUUCUUUUUUUGUUUAGCAUACCACAGAAAGCUGAAUAGGUCCCACAAGUCUUUGAGUUGGGUUGCAUAAAUUGCCUAGAUGAUUUUGUCAGCAGUUCAGUUCAUCUGAGCAGAAGAUAUGUCAACCAGGUUAUGCUGACAUGCCGUUUUGGGGGGGUUUAAAUUUACCAAAGCAUUAAUGAUUUUACAGAAGGAUGUAAAUUGCUGUAAUACAUCAGCACAGUAGAGAACGACCUCAGGUUGGGCUUUUGUUCACAAACAUUCUGAUUCCUCUCUGCUGAUGAUAUCAAUAAAUAGAUUGUUUAUUAUA